GUCACGUGUCGGUACCGUACUCUUCGUUUGCACUAAGCAGCGACCGCCAACCGUGACAUCACAUCAGGAGCUCAGCCGACGCUGCCAUGGCAAAAGGGAAGAACUUGAACCCAGCAGAUGCGUUUAGAAAGGCCCAACGAAAGAAGGAACUUAAAAAGAACAAGGCAGAGAGGUCUAAAGCUCGCGACUUCGCUCUAGUCAAGAAGGACACAAGAGAUCUCCAGGAUGAAAUUGAGAAACUUGAGGGAGUAUCAGAGCCCUCUGGCGCAGAGAAAUAUCGUCUGGCAGAACUCAAGGCAGAGUUAACCAAAAUUAUGGCCAAGAAGGAAGAAUACGUCCAAGAGCAUCCUGAACAACGUAAACUUGUCUACCGAGCUCGUAGAGACAAGGAUGAGGUCAACAAAGAGGAACCGGUUGUUGAGCAAAAGCGAAAUGUUUUCAACAAGCAUGGCCUGCCUCGGCAUCCUGAACGAAGCAUCUACUAUGAUGCUGUCAUGAAUCCCUAUGGUGUACCCCCUCCAGGAAUGCCCUACAUGGAGAGACCACUUAGGCCUGACGAAAUAGACAGUGAUGACGAGGCUAAUGGUGAUGACGACGUCGUUAUGCCUGAAGGUCCUCCUCCAACUGGCAGUAACGAUGACACUAUUGACAGUGAUGAUGACAUUCCGAUGCCAGAAGGACCUCCACCAAACAUUCUUCCAGAACCACCACUGCCGCCAAAUAUUCCAUUCAGCAGCGCUCCACUUCCACCACCACCACCACCUCCGUUUAUCCAUCCCGUUCAGGGUUCCCCACCUUUUCCGCCGUCGUAUCCACACCAACCUUCAGGAUUUGUACAUGCUCCUCCUCCCGGCUUUCCGCUCGGUGUUUCACCAUACCCCCCUGUAUCUGCGUUCAUGCAACCUCACAUGCCUCCCCCACCUCCUGGAUUUUUCCCUCGUGUACAAUCUACUUCGUCCAUGCAAGAUCCGCUUUCUUCCAUCCCUCAUCAAACUUACCAAGCACAUCGUGUCAACCGCCUUACGCCCCAUCCAUCACUUCCCCAAAAACCUCUGUCAGUCCCUGGGACUUCUCCCGUAGGGAUUACUAUUAGUAAUACAACGGCUGCUACAGUUUCGGCUGAGCCGCAGUUACGGGACUUCAAGAAGGAGGCUACGGCGUUCGUUCCGACCUCCCUCAAGCGGAAAAGGCCUGCUGCUGGAAUGACAUCAUCUAAGGUCAACGCAGCUCCUUCCCUCGAUGGAAGGUCAGAAUCUUCGGAACCAGCACCAGCUUCACGACCGGAUCUUGUGAGCUCAUUGAUGGAUAAAUUCGGACCGGUACCUGUGGUUGCAGCAGCCCCCCCGAAUGAUAAAGGGUUUUCGAAGGGUAUGCAGCCCAAUGCUGGGAAGAAGGAUGAUUAUCAGAAGUUUGUGGACGAGAUGGGUGACAUUUUAGGUACUUCGAAGCCAUGAGGUAUUCAGCUGCUUGCACACUUUGACAUAAAUUCGGAAGUAACAACUCAGUAAUUGCGUCAAGCUUGGAAAAUGCUCAAUGCAUAAGGAUAACAUGUAUUU